AUAUCACAAUACAGGCCUCAUGUUACCGAACUUCUUGUUCGCUUAAGGAUUAACACGAUCAACUUCAGCGGUACCCUCAUACUAAUGUUAUCAGCUGUGGUUGUGAGGUGCCAACGAAAUAUUGCAAGCUGCAUGAAGUGUCCAGGCUGGGGGGAACGCCAAGAUCUUUGCGAGUUUCAGGGUCGAAAUUCCAUUUAGGGCAACUAUUCAUGCUACAUAACAGUGCGAUCGGUAUUGGUUGUAGAAAACGAAGGCAGAGAACUUUUCGUAUGGAAUGGUCCAUCAGUCUGUUCCGUUGUGACAGGCGAUCUUGUGUUGGAAAUCCUACGUAUGUCCUAAAGCGGCGCCUCAGGAAGCCUUAAAAGAAAAACAAGAGGCUCGUGAACAUAGACCACUGAAAGGCAUUCUCAAGAAAACACCUUGGUCUUCGUUAGAAGAUAAAAACUACGCGAAGUCAUCUUUGAAGGGUAGCGCGUCAUCAUUGGUCGAAGUGCUGGGAGCAUCCGGAAUGCGCGAGAUGAUACCACUCGCCGAAAUCGAUCCGGCUGUCUGCGUCGUGGGAGACCCCAUAGUGGCUGACAGACCUUCAACUGACGUCAGUGAGAGGCCUGCGAGGUUAUUAGAUGGUGCAUCAGAAGCUGGAAAACACGCCCUGUUUACAGAGAAAUCUACUAGGGAAGUAUUGGUUAAGGAAGGACCAUUGAAGUUUUCUAUCGGCGGAUGCAUUGCCAGAACAAAAAUUGAGGGUUUUGGUGAUACCGACGAGCGAUUUAUAUCCGAUACCUCCGAUAUUUCUAUGGAAGAUACAAGGCCUACGACGCCUCAGAAACAGACAGCGUCAAACGAGGGCGGAACUGAACGCAAUCUGAUUGAGGAGGCAAAAUCUCUGCUCGAGUUCUACUUAGAUGAUAAGACUGCUCUUCGUGACGAGUUACUGGUCAAGCAGAUUCGUCGCUGGUCAGGAUGGAUCUCUCUUAACUUUAUGGCAACUUACGGACGCCUUCGAACGGUAACAAGAUCCCAUACCGCGGUGACAAUACUUAGGCAAGCAGUUAAAGCAUCAAAAGUGCUAGAACUCAGUGACGACGAAACCAAGGUCCGUCGACUAAUCCCCUUCCCACAUUAUGAUGAGACCUUUGCAUCACGGGCUGUCGUACAGCUGCACCAAGAAAUGCCGAAGUCGCAGUCUCAGAUCUUUGAUGUAUUCAAAAUGUUUGGACAGGUUUACGCAAUUUACGUAUUGCCACGCAUGCUAUGCGUCCCGUGCGCCCUGCCCGACGCUCCUGAGAUUGUGCUGACCAAUGUACGAAAGUUCCUUUCAAGAAAUCCCGCCUUACUCGAGGUCGAGUGGAAGGCCCUUGCAUUCGUCGAAUUUUCCAGUCAUCGUGAAGCUGAGACCGCUUUGUUCGUUCUUACCCGUAUGGCGUUCAGAAGCAGCGGCUGUGGUGGGCCAGAGCUUCCAGUUUUGUUGCCGGUUAAACCGCACCCCCAAAUGCAUCUUAAGUUACACGAUCCUCAAGAGGUGAAGGAGCUGACGCGCGUCCUUCGACUCGCCCUUCAAGCCGAUGAGGAUCGAAAGCAAAGUACUGAAUCGCACCCACAGCAGCAUAGUGCAUACGAUCGACGAUAUUGUUAUGACCCAGAGAUGGCGCAUGAAGAAAGCGAGAAACUGUGCGCACGACGCACCGCGGGGAAGUCAUUUAGAGAGACCAUGGCCCGUGAUCCCGCUAUCGUCGACUGUGGUUUGCCCGUAGUAGGACCUCGAGCCCAUCGUGAGUCCGCAUCGGCGUUCGAGCUGCGAUCUGUCCAAGUAGCACGGCAGCGCGUCGCAUGGGAGCCUUGCAUCGCUUGCCAGCUGCAGGAGCGUGGCAUGUAUGAUCCCAUUGCUCACGCGUUUACCCUUCGUUACUCGACUGUUGGGAAGAACUCGAAGCACGUUAAAAAAACCAAGGUCACCGUUAAGGACACUGUUAAAGAUGAAGCUGUCGUUGUGGGCUCUACUGCAGCAAGUGGUAAUAAACUAAAAGUCGUUAAUGGUAUCGAUGAUGAAAAACGACGGGUUGGUUCUGCUGUAACAAAACAAACCGAUCCCUUCAUUGCUGCUAACGACAAUGUGGACGCCGUGAACAAAGACACUGACGCCGAUAACGAUAAGAUGGAUACACCUGAAAUUAUCAUUGCUGAGGAGCAGGGUACAAACAAAACGUUGACGAACCAGGCGACGCGGCUCCUAGAUAAGUGUGAAGAGCGAGAGUCCUCUCCGUUGUCUAGUAGCAUGGUGAAGAGUUGUCCGUCCAGUGCGACGCAAUCACCUACAAGUGGAUACUGCACCGAUGAAUGUUCCUCAAUGAGUUGCGAUGAUCAUCCGGACGAAGUAAGCUCCACGUGCGUUGCUGGUCCGGGCUCCAGCAGUUCGACUCCGCUAAAAGCAAAAGCUCUUGACAGCAUCGAGGAAUAGGUGCAUCCUACCGCCUAACACAACCGGCUGAGUCAUUCGCGAAAAAAAUGUUUAGAAGCCCAACUGGGAGUCCGUCCGGUCAAGAAUUGGGCACCUUGAAUAUUUUUUUAAGAAGAAAGUGUUAUAUUACGAUUAAUGCUACAAGGAAAAAGAACGUUCAUGACCGUCGUUUCGUCGAGCCAAAUUUACGUAGAUAAGGAAAGGGGGCGGCCGUCAUUUCAUCGGGCCAAAUUUACGUAGAUAAGCAAAGGGGGCGACUGAGGCGCGCGCAACGGCUGACAUCGACGUGAUAAGACGGCUCCGUAUGGCGUUCUUACAUGGUCCAAAGGCUCUGCAGAACUAUACGAUUAAGACCGCUUUUCUAACCUAAAAUACUGUCCUUACGUUUGCUUUUGCUUUGGUAAAACCAGAAACACAUUUGAAGACUUAUGGAGGCCACUAAAGUUCUCUCAUUGGGAAUUUCAAAAACAGCCAUGUCUCGUACUUCGGAGGGCGGGAGCGAAAUUCUUGAGCUUAUUAAAAAAUGUUUUCGUAUUUUGACAAUUUUUCUGUUUGAGAA